AAAUAAUCCAUAUAUAGAUUCGUAUAAUAAAUAUUAAAAUCAUAUAAUACCAUUAAACUUUAUAAAGGAAAAUAUAAUCAAAUAAUUAACUUUAUAAAGAAAUUAUCAAUAAGUAUCUUUUAAUUUUCAAUUUGUUUUAGGUAGAAUUGCUCAAUAAAUAAAGAAAGAAAGAAAUAAAUAAAUACAUUUCCAAAGUAAUAAACAGUCAAGCAUAAUAAUAAAUUAGCCAUAAUGAGAAGAGCCUUCGAUGGAACAGAAAUAUAAUAAAAACCUCCUAUGCAGUUUUAGCAGUUUGCAAAGUAGUAGGGAUAGCCUCCUUUGCAUCCAAUAAGACCUGCAAGUGCAAAGCCUCCUAUUUACAAUAAUCUAAUGCACAAUAAUGCCGAUUAGUAGGAAGAUUAGACUCCUUACUAGCACAUUUAAAGUGUACAAAAUUAUAGCGAUAACAAUAUUAACUCAAAUAGAGUUAUGAUAUAAAGCAAAUAGGAGUAAUCUAGGUUAUACAGCGGUGGAAUGCAGAGGAACAACUCUGGACAUAGAAGUUAUGAAAAUAACAUGUAACAACUCAAUAGAACAGCGUAGCAACUAAAUAAAAUCAAUUCAUAGUUAAAUACGUCUAACUCUGGUCUUGAUACUUAUGGUGGAGAUGUUGCAAAACAUAUGCCUAGAAUCAUACAUUAAGAAAAAGAGCAGCUCUAUGCAGAAACUUUACAACUAAAAAAUCAAAUAAAUGAAUUAAAAGAAAGCAACAAGACUUUAAAAACCCAACUAUAUUAAGUUGAGAGAGAUUCUGUAAAAUAUAAAAAAAUUGUAGAUUAGUAUGAAGCUAAUGGUAUUGUCAAAGGAUUCUAUCCAAAAACAGAGGGAGGGCACAUCACUGAGAAUUUGAAAAAAACAAUAAAAGAUUUGAAAAUGUAGUUAGCAGUGAAAGAUGAAGAGAACAAUAAAAUUAAGAAGCAAAUUAAAUAUACGAGAUUACAGGAGCUAGAUAGAGAAAGAAAGUGCUAUGCUGAAGAGUGUACUCGCUUGAAGAAUUUGCUGUAAUAAGCUUUAAAUGAAAAAAUGGAAGUAUUAAUCAAAGAAACUGAUUAUCAAAAAUUAGAAGAAAGACUAUAUGCCUAGAAUAAUGAGAUUGAGCAAUUAAGAUAUGACAACACAGAAAUGGCUUAAUAGCUUAAAAAUUAUGAUAAUCAAAAUAAUUACCUCUAAAGAGGGUAUAACGAUUUAGAAAGAAAAUCAAAUUUGUAAAUCACAACUUUAAGAAAGCAUCUAAAAGAAAGAGAUCGUGAGAUCAAUGAAUUAAAAAAUGAGCUUAGUAAGUUUAGGUUGUAGAAUAUUAAUAACCAAAGUUCUAAAAAAGACUUUUCUAAUUAGCUUCCAAUCAAUUCAAAUCGUAUGGCAAGACCUCAAUCUGCUAAAAACAACAAUCUGAGUACAGAAAUGGGAUUCCUAAAGAAACAAUUAGAAAUGAAAGAUGAUAAAAUACGCUAACUUGAAGAAGAUGUUAUCCAACUACGUCAUGAAUUAAAUACCCAAGGAAAUUAGGGCACAGAUGAAUACGAUGAUGAUAAGAAUUAAAAUAGUACCUAUAGGGAAAAUCAAAGUUAAAAUAAUUAAAAUAUUGAUUCUAUAUAGUAUUAGAAAGAGAAAAAUUAAAAUUAGCAGUAUGAAAAUAACAAAAACAAUAACAAUUAAAAUGAAAUAAAAAUAGAGCAACAUUAGUAAUAAGUAUUUCCUCCUUCAACAAAAUCUAAGCAGUCUUCAAAUUAGAUAGAAAGACCUGAAGAUAAAAAAUCUAUUGAUGGUGUUCUAAGAAUUAAUUCUGACUCUAAUAAUCAAUAUGUUACUAGAAUAAAAAGAGAAGAUAUUGUUCACAUUGGUGAGGAAGUUUAAUUUAAAUUGCGUUCAAACGCUUUAAAUCUGAACGAGGCUGCCCAACUCUUCUUUGACAAUUUAGAUGAAUAAACUUCCAUUAGAGAUUUACAAGCCAUGCUUUUAGAUAAACCAUUUAAUCUACAAUAAAAUGAUGCCCUCCUCUUUUCAAGGUAUUUGGUUGAAGAUAAGGAUGGAAAAUAUAAAUUUGACUGGGAAUAUUCUCGUAAAAAUGAAUAAAUUUUCUAAUCCUUCAGUGAAAUAGUUGGUUCUUACUAAGUAUUUUCUAAGGGCUAUGCCUAAAAAUUAUAUGAUAGUUUAUAAAAGAUUUUUGCCAGCAACAGAGAGAGUAUUAAAGCUACUUUAUAGACUAAAUCAAAUGGAAAAAAUACAAUUUCUAAAGAAUAAUUCAUAUAAACUUUUGAGUUUUUGAAUAUUUAAUUACAAAAAGACUAGGUAGCUUUCUUAAUUAUGGCUAUGAUCUAAGACUCGGUUGAUUUGAAUCACUUGUACUUUAAGAAUCUCCUAAAAUUAUUCAAAGUAAAGCAUAAUGAUAAUGAAUAUUAGGAUGAAUUAGAGUAAUAUUAAGAUGAUUACGAUUAAGAAGAUUAAUUAGAAUCUAAUGAUCAAUAUGAAGAUUCAAAUGAUUACAAAAUGCAAGAAUAAUAGUAUGAAUAAAAUAAAAAUACAAAUAACCAAGUAAAGAUGCAAAGACCUUAAUCUUCAAAGAGAAGAAACCCACUUCCUAAUAAUUAGAUAGAGUAAGAAGACGAUGAAUAUUAUGACUAGUCUGAAUAAGGAAUAGAGGAAGAUAAUGACGAGGAUCUAGAAGGACACUACUCAGAAGAAGAUGAUGGUUAUGGUGGUUAUCAUCAAAUAAAUAAAAAUAUAAAUUAAAAUAAUCACUAAAUCAACAAAGAAGAAGAGAGUAUAAUUAAAAAAUAUGCAGAUAGAAAAUCUUCUAAUGAAUAUGAAGGAAAAAUCAAAGAGAAAUAAAACCAAUAAAAUAUAAAUAGCAAAUUAACUCCUUAGCAAUAUGAUUAACUUUUAAAGUAGAAAGAGUAGGAGGUAUUGUAGAGCUGGAAGAAUGAAGAUGAAGAAGAAGAUGACUAUGAUGAUUAUGAACAAGAAGAAAUAUAAAAUUAAAAAAAUCACAAGAAGCAAGCCCCUAUAGAUGAUGAUCUUUAACAAUAUGUAGAAGAUUAAUUCGAAAAAAACCAUUCAAAAAAUAAAAAAGAAACUCAAAAGUAAAAAUCAGAUUCUAAAAAAUAAAAUAAAUAGAAUAAACAAGAGGCCCAAUAUGAAGAUCUGUAUGAGUAAGAAGAUUUUGAUGAUAAACCUUCCACUAAGAAUGGAUCAAAAGUAUAAAAUAAGAAGAAUUAAAAUGAAUAUGAAGAUGACUUUGAUGUUAUUUCGGAUUAAAAUUGA